AUUAACAAUGCACCCUCCCUUGGUUGUGUACGUACACUAUCUGGUCGGUUGAGAGUGCUAUACAUCACACAGAUCUUCUAUAGGCGGAUGAGCAGUUCUACCUCCGUAAAGCCUCUCGGGUGAUUAUAUAGGCUACACAUAGAGAGGAUUUUUUCGAUGAGGAAAACGUUGUCUGUCAAAACGUCACAUGGGGUCAACGCGAUCGCUUCCUGCAUCGCGCCUCAGCUACAGUUUUGCGCGUUUCGGUUUUGCCGCUUGGAUUUGAUACUGAUUUGAUUGGUUUAUAUUGAUACGAUUUCCGUUCCUCGCGCGCCGCCGAUGUCACAUAUUUUAUUGCGAUGAUAAGCAAAGUUAAAAAUGCCAUGUCCUCGAUGGUGAGCGGAAUUAUCCCGCACGGCCACCACCAUCAUCAGCAACAGCACGGAUCCGCGCAGAACGGCGGAACAGACGGGCUUCCACCGCGAUUCCCGUAUAGCCGACCCGAGUUCCUGGACCUGACACAGGAGCUGCUGCAGUACUCCACCGAGCACGCGUCCAGACCGGUCAUCACGCUCAAGAGAGACAGCAGGCUGCCAUGGCGAACGGGAUACGCGGAGGUGAUAAAUGCUGGAAAGAGCAUGUUGAAUGAAGACCAGGCGUCCUGUGAGCUGCUGUAUGUGAGGAAGAUCAGCAGUAAACAGCAACGCUGCUCCAUGUUACAGGAGGACACUGGAGACACUACAGGUAUUCCCAUGCACUUUUGGGGUGUUUUUGAUGGACAUGCCGGCUCCGGGGCUGCUCUCAUGGCAUCCAAACUCCUCCAUCGUAUCAUCCGUGAUCGGCUUUGUGAUGUUGCCCAUCUUCUUGAAAACAAGAACAGCCCACCGCCCAUUUGUCUGGCCAAGAACGGGAGCCCCUUCCAGGCUGAGGCCAAAAAAGGGGCCUGCCUGGAUGGAGAGGAGCAGGAUGGGCUCCUGGAUGAGCCACGGUUCCACAUUGAGAAAGACAUUAGUGUGGAGAGCCUGGUGAUGGGGAUCAUAGAGACUGCAUUCAGACAGAUGGAUGACCUCAUAGAGACAGAGAAAGAGUCUUACAGCAUCUCUGGUGGCUGUUGUGCCUUGGUUGCAAUACACAUGUUGGGAAAACUCUAUGUAGCAAACGCUGGAGACAGCAGAGCGAUAAUUGUCCAUAGCAAUGAGGUCGUCCCCAUGUCCAAUGAGUUCACACCUGAAAGUGAAAGACAGAGGUUACAGCAUCUGGGCUUCCUCAAACCAGAGCUGCUCGGGAAUGAGUUUACACAUAUUGAGUUCCCCAGACGUAUCCAACACAAGGAACUUGGCAAGAAGAUGCUUUUCAGAGACCACACAAUGACUGGCUGGGCAUAUAAGACAAUUGUAGAGGAUGAUCUAAAAUUCCCACUGAUUUAUGGGGAGGGCAAAAAGGCCCGGGUCAUGGCAACUAUUGGUGUAACACGUGGUUUGGGCGAUCAUGACCUGAAAGUGUACAACUCAAAUAUUCACAUCAAACCAUUCCUAUCCUGCUGCCCAGAGGUAAAGGUGUACAACAUCUCUGAGCACAAACACGGGCCUGAUGACGUCCUGAUCAUGGGUAGUGAUGGACUAUGGGAUGUCACAACUGAUAAAGAUGUUGCAGAUGCAGUAACAACUUUCCUAUCUGGCCGAGAACCCAACGACCCCAUGAGGUACACUCUUGCAGCACAAGAUCUCCUAAUGCGUUCACGUGGAGUACUGAAGGAGCGAGGAUGGCGAUUGCCAAAUGAAAGACUUGGCUCAGGUGAUGACAUCACAGUGUUUGUUAUUCCACUGGCUGGAGCGGAGUUAGAGACAUGACAAGGUGGGUCCACCUUCACUGGAAAAGCACACCAGGACACGGCCCUGGCUUCAUCUGAGAGAAAGGGCUAGGAAUCCAAGAAAUCAUUUAUACCAGAUCACAUGGCUCGGAUGUGAGUGACCCAAUACCCCUUUCUCCGAGUUGUACUCUUCACUAUGAAUAUCGCCAAGCCCAUGUCAAGUGUGGGAUGACAUCAUCAAGUGCCAUUCCUCCCCCUGCUCUCCCCUUCUUUUCGACUAUAUACUCAGCAAGUCAGUACGGAACACGAGGGCUUGUAAUGUAUGAGUAUUCUUUAAAAUGAUAGUAUGUGCAAAAUGGAAAAUUCUGUCAUCAUUUACUCACACUAAUGUUGUUCCAAACCUGGAUAUUUCUUCCUUGGAACACAAAAGCAGAUGUUAGGCAGAAUGUGAGCCUCAGUCACCAUUCACUUUCAUUCCUUCUCCUUUUGUGUUCCAUGUAAGACAGAAAGUCAUGCAGGUUUGGAACAUCAUGAGGGUGAGUAAAUGAUGACUGAACUUUUUAUUAUUAUUUAUUUAUUUUGGCUGAACUGUCCCUUUAUCAUCAGUGGAACAUUUGAAAUCUGAAUCUCAGUAUGGCAAAGAAAUAAGCCAAUACUGCUAAAAACCCUGAUGGCAAGGGAAAUAAAUAACAAAAGCACUUUAUAUGUAGCAGAAACCAUUUGAGCUGUAAUUUAAACUGCUGAUGAUUAUUUCUGUCUCCAAAGAAUGUUUCUGUUGACUGUACUGUUGAUUGAAUUUAAGGUUUUUUAUAGCAAGAUGCAAUCAACAAAAAGAAGGGGUAUUUCUUGUGAAUACAGUCUUCAGUUUUUGGGGCUGUUUAGCUUUUUAGGUUCAAAUCAGCCUCCUUUUACAUGUAAGCAAUGCAAAUGUCUAUAUUAUGAAACAGAUCAUUAGAAUUAAAGUCAACAUGAAAUCAAAAUGGACCCCAUUUACUUUCUAAAAAUGAAUAGUUUACCCUAAAUGAAAAAUAUGUCAUCAUUUGAAGAAUGCACUGCUCGCUCUUUUCCAUGCAUUUGCAAAGAACGGGGACUGAAGCUUUCAAGCAAUCUUAAAAAGUGGUUGUGACGAGGAGGAGGGCGUGGCUAGACCGUUGAAUCAGCAGGAGUACAAGAUAAAGGGGAGCCGGAGACGCCAGUUCGAGAGAGAGAGAAGCACGCGGCCGCAUUGCAUAUGUGUCUGUGUUUGUAUACGUUUGUUUUAAGUUGAGUUUCUCAUUAAAGCUUUAUGUUUACUGUUCAGCCAGUUCCCGCUGCCUCCUUGCCCAUCCAUGAACUGUUACAGUGGUCCAUAUGACUUGUGAGCAAUAUUACAAGUCUUUUGAAGUCAUAGGAAAGCUUCGUGUAAGAAACAGACCGAAAAUUACUUCAUUAUUCACUGAAAAUCUUGACCUAGAUAUCUCAGCUCACGUUCGUGAGAGUUCACGUGAGAAGUAGUGAUGUCCAAUGUGUUCUUUUGAGUUGAUUCAUUCGCGAAUAUAGUGCUCGGGUAAUAUGGACCUCUUUAAUGGUGCUUUUGUGUCCUUUUUUGAAGCUUCAAAGCUCCAGUCCCUAUGAAUUGUAAUAGAAAUGCAUGGAAAAGCCAGUACAUUCUUUAAAAAUCCUCCUUUUGUGUUCCUGGGAAGAAAGAAAAUUCAUACCGGUUUGGAACAACAAGAAGGUGAGUAAAGGGUGACAAAGUUGUAAUUUUUGGGUGAACUUUUCCGUUCCUGGUCUUAUUUUUCAUGAUUCAUUAGUGCACUAAUCACUAAGAAAAUAUAUCACAUUACGAAAGUAAAAUGGGUCGUGAAUGCCGUUUCAUGUUUAUUUUAAGCACUGUAGAAAUAUAAAACUUAUGUUGAAGUAGUUGAACCAAGAUCAUUUUUCCUACACCUCUAAAAGCCAUGUGCAAUUUAUAAAUGACUAAAAAAGACAGCGUUAUCUGGGUUGGAUUUGGGAUAAGACAUUGAUGGGUACCAGGCUUUCUAUACCCAACUGAACUGAUUGCUUGCACUGCUGUAGGUUUUUUAGCUGCUGAAUGACCAAUUUCUUUGCUGUAGAUAAAACAUUAUUUGGUCUAAAACCUUUUGUCAGUGAAGAAUCUCGAUUCUAACAACCAUUUAGAUCCAGACCUGAAACUGAGAUACUCGAACUUAGUUUCAUCAGUCAUUUUAGUGUUUUUGUACACCUUGAAUGUACCUUAUUUCCUUUAUUUGAUGUCAGUGUUGUGUCUGUGUAGUGUAUACUUUAUGAAUAUUGAGUUCUGCUUUUCAAAUGAUGAUUCAUUGUCAAAGAAUUGCUCUUUGCAAAAUAUUAUGUGACUAAUUCUAAAUAAAUCUAUCCUUUUUAAAAUGGCUCUACUGACAUUACUUUUUUUGACAGCUAUUUUAAUUAGUUCUAUUCUACAAAAGUCUGUUUGGAUAUGUUAGGCGUUAGUUAAUGAUAUGUUAUUACAUUCUUUAUACAUCUGAGUGUCCUAUCCUUUUAUAUGCUAUUCCAGAAUGGUAACCAAACCGCACUGCCAUUCACUCUGUCUGCAA